GUGUAUUUUCUUGAAUACCUCAACCUCCUCCCCACCGAGGUUCCUUGGCGGAAUCGACAGAAAUUUCUUACGUCCAGAGGCUACAUGCUUCGGCCAAGAUACCAUCCAGAUCGAACUCCCUUGUGGAGGACUAGCCAAUCCCCGGAUAUAUUUACGAGAAUACCAUAUGCCGCACUAUGGCUGCACACCGUUCAAUGGAUGCGACACGAAUGUCGGACGGUAAAUUGGUCACUCGUGCCUAGUGUUGAGAGUAUCAUGUUGUGCUCUCUGUUAGAAACUCGUCUACUAAUGCUUGGAUUUUCACAUUGUCUUCGGAUCACAACUAUGGCAAUAUUGCACCUGGAUUUCUACCCUAUCAAUCGUGGAAAAGACCUGCAAGCCACCGUCUUCUAAAAAUUGGUACUAUAUGGCCCUUUCAUCAGCGAAUGCAAUGUUAUAUCAUC